AUGCAGAGAAAUCAGAGUGACAUCACUGAGUUUAUUCUUCAGGGUUUGGGGGAGCUACAUUGUCUGCAGACCUUCCUCUUCCUUCUGUUUCUCACCAUCUACAUUUCAACACUGACUGCCAACAUGCUUACCAUUCUUCUGAUAAUGAUUGAUCAGCACCUCCACACACCCAUGUACUACCUUCUGGUGAAUUUGUCUUGUUUGGAAAUCUUAUACAGCUCAUCCUUCCUGCCAAAGCUGCUGACCAGUUUGGUGACAGGAGACAAAACCAUCUCUGUCAAGGGAUGCAUUGCACAGUUUUACUUCUUCUCUUUCCUGGGAGCUACAGAGUGUUAUCUUCUUUCUGCAAUGUCUUAUGAUCGCUUCUUAGCAAUAUGCAGACCCCUUCAUUAUACAACCAUUAUGAAUGGCAAAUUCUGUAUCCAGUUAGCUGGUGGCUCUUGGAUCAAUAGUAUUUUGUUUACCUCUUUAUAUUUGCCUUUGGUAUUAGAGGGACUACACUAUUGUAGUCCCAGUGAAAUUGAUCACUUCUAUUGUGAUGCAUCUGAGCUGGGCACACUUUCCUGUAGUCGCAUCAAAAUCUUGCCAUUUGUCACGGUGACCCUGGGUUUUAUAUUCAGUUUCCCUCCUUUUCUUUUGACCAUAAUCUCCUAUGUAUAUAUCAUUUCUGCCAUUCUGAGAAUCCCAUCGAUCACUGGGCGGCAAAAGGCCUUUUCAACCUGCUCUUCUCACUUGAUUGUGGUUUCUAUUUUCUAUGGUGCAAUUGUUGUUGUAUAUUGUAUACCGAAAAUGGAAAGAACAAGAAUGAUGAGAAAAAUAUUUUCUUUCUUCUACACAGUCCUGCCUCCCAUAGCCAACCCCCUCAUAUAUAGUUUGAGGAACAAGGAUGUCAAGGAAGCUCUAAGAAAGGCUGUUGGGAAGUUUGUGAAAGGCCAUUCCUAA